AUGAUGGAGAAGAUCCUACUGGGUGCUACUGAAAGGCGUUCAAAGGACAAGGCAAUAAUCAGCAACACCUUCUACAAUAAGGUCACCUGCACUGUCGAUGAAGGGAAGGUGGUGGAUGUAGUUUUUCUGGAUUUUAGGAGGGCUUUUGAUCCUGUCCCUCACAGCAUCCCUCUGGACAUGAUGUCCAGCUGUGAGAUGAGCAGAUGGUCACGCCCCUUGGGGACCAGCAUAAAAGUCAGCCCAGAGCCUCUCUCCCUCACACACUUCUCCUGACGCCUUCUUCUCUGCAGUCAACAAGGGACCCUCCACACCACAGACAUGGCCUGCUACGACCUCUGCCGCCCCUGCGGACCCACCCCGCUGGCUGACAGCUGCAACGAGCCCUGUGUCAGGCAGUGCGAGGACUCCCGCGUCGUCAUCCAGCCUUCCACCGUGGUCGUCACCCUGCCAGGACCCAUCCUCAGCUCCUUCCCACAGAACACCGCCGUCGGAUCCUCCUCAUCCGCUGCCGUCGGCAACAUCCUCAGCUCCCAGGGAGUGCCUGUCUCCUCCGGAGGCUUCGGCUACGGCUAUGGCUUUGGAGGCCUGGGCUGCUUCGGUGGCAGAAGAGGCUGCUACCCCUGCUAA